GUUUUAAUUCUUGCUUUUAUCUUUUUAUCUUUUACAGAUAUUGAUGUACGGCCUCGAAGUAGGAUUAUUCGACGAAAUCGAAUCAAACGGUGAACCAUUAACAGCGGCUGGAAUCGCUCGUAAAUUUAACUAUGAUAAAUCCACGACCGAGCGUUUUCUAAACACAUUGGUCUCUUUGGACCUCCUCGACAAAGAAGUUCAUAAAGGUAAUGUUGUAUACAGCAACACAGCAGGGACGACGAAAUACUUAACUAGAUCCCGACGACCAGCAUUGAUUGCAUCCGCCAUGUCUGAAUUUAAUGUUAUUCUUCCACUUUUAUCAAAUCUCACCAGCACAUUAAAAUCAGGCAAAGCAUUUAUAGACAUGGCGAAUAUAAAGGCGGGAAAAAUGUUGAAUAAUGAAAAUCCUCCAAUGAAAAAUAUUCAUAUAGAAGACCAGAAGGAUACUGCCCACAACAAAGGUAGCCACACCGAAUCGAGUCAUACACCGGGUGUUAACUGUACAAAUGGAGUCACACCAAACGGCACAAAUGGUAUUAGUGCCAACAUUACUGGUACCAAUGGCACACACACCACUAACGGAACUCAUCCGGACAAAGCUAGUAACGGUAGUAAACCGGCAAUGGAUUGUAGUGCAAUGAUAAUGCUGUCUAUGGAUGGUCUUACUGUACCUUGUGCUCCAGUUUUAGUGAAAGCUUUUGAUCUGAGUGCUCACAGAACUGCUGUUGAUUUAGGUGGAGGCUCCGGUUUGAUAGGUAGGACACUAGCAAGUCACUAUCCAGAAAUGAAUAUCACAGUCUUUGAUCUCCCAUCUGUCGUACAAUUGGCGAAAAAACUUUAUCCAGAGAAUAGCAGUGGUCAAGUGAAUUUUGUAGCAGGUAAUUUCUUCGAGGAUGAGAUCCCCGAUGCUGAUCUUUAUGUGUUAUCACAUGUAAUCCACGAUAUGACAGAGAAACAAAUAGAUAUACUACUCAAACGGGUGUAUAAUAAACUACCUCCAGGCGGAAGUUUGCUAAUCUUGGAGAAAACCCUUGAUGAAAUGAAAGAUGGUCCUUCAUUUGCAGUGAGCAAUGAUCUCAUAAUGUCGUUGAUAAGUACUGGUCGUGAACGUUCAGCGAAAGAAUAUAGGGAAAUGUUAGAAGAACAAGGAUUUACAAAUAUACAAAUCCGUUUAGUUGGUGGAUACAAUUACUUUGAUGCCAUACUCUCGAAGAAACCAUUUUAAUAAAAAAAAAAGUAUUAAAAUACAACAAACAAUUGUACAUUCAUACACG